GACUCCGAGAAACUGGUUUUGAUCCGAAGGGAAAAAGCACUUCUACAAUGUUAGAUGAUUUGGCCCAUUAUGACUUGGCUAUAAGUGUGGCUUUGUGGUGGCUCAGUAAAGAUAAUGGGAAGAAUGCAGCUGAGAAUGACUACAUAGGAAUUGGCAGUUUAAGACAUAUUAGCCAGUACCCUAAUCACCUGGAAAGAGAAGCGAUGAUCCUUUCUUCCUUUGCUGGAAUGCUUCUGAACAGCUUACCUAUAGAAGACAUUCUGUCUCUGUACAAUUGCAAACCAGUG